CUGACAUGACUGGAAGCUAUUGCUAGUUGAGGAGUGUGAGUGGACGGAAAAAUUUAGUUCUUUUUUUGGAAUUACAAAUGUUACAAUGAUUUACAGAGGAUGUUAAUGCGGAUUAUUCGUCAUCCUUUAUAAAGUUGUGUGAAUAGAAAGCUGAAAUUAUUUUUAUUAAAUUGCAUGCUUUAUAUUCAUUUGGAACAUAUAUUAUUUUGAAGAAUGGCGGUUGUAGGAAAAGGCCCAACAUUGUAUGACUUCCUUCUGGAAGCCGAGCUCUCUCAUUACUUCAGCCCCCUGAAGAACGAUCUGAAAGUGACUUCCGUUGCUCAGUUAAAAUAUGUGGAAGAGGAUGAUCUGCUGCAGAUGGGCAUGACGAAGCCUGAAAUGCGAAGGUUGAGGAAAUAUUUCCAGAAGUACUGUCCGCAGACUUAUUUGCGGAAAAUUAAAAAGAUGAUAUUAAAGAAUAAAGAUGAUCCUGACAGGUCUUCCAUCUAUUUCAAUGAUAAUACUCUAGAAAAGAAUAAUAUCAAAGUCCCUAGCAAGCACAUUAUACCUAAAGAUAACAUUGUCAUAAAUAAAGAAUUAGGUGUGGGAGAAUUUGGUGUUGUUCAGCAAGGUGUCUGGACAAAUGAGGAAGGAGAAAGGAUCCAAGUAGCUAUCAAAUGUCUGAGUGAAGAACGAAUGCAAAAGAAUCAUAUGGAAUUUUUGAAAGAAGCUGCCAUAAUGCAUACGAUUGACCAUGAGAAUAUAGUUCGCCUGUAUGGAGUUGUGCUUGAAACUAAUACUUUAAUGCUUGUCACAGAACUUGCUCCUUUGCGAUCCCUCCUUGAAUGCUUAAAGGAGCCAGCACUCAGACCAAGCUUUCCCGUGAUUUCUCUGUGCGACUUCGCCCAGCAGAUAUGUGAAGGAAUGCAAUAUUUGGAAAGUAAAAAGCUUAUUCACAGGGACUUGGCUGCAAGAAAUAUUUUAGUUUUUGCCAAAAACAAAGUAAAAAUCAGUGAUUUUGGUCUUUCCAGAGCUUUAGGUGUAGGAAAGGAUUACUACCAAACAAAUUUCAAUGUCAAUCUGAAGCUUCCUAUUGCAUGGUGUGCUCCUGAAUGUAUUAAUUAUCUGCGUUUCACGUCUGCCAGUGAUGUGUGGGCUUAUGGUGUGACCUUGUGGGAAAUGUUCAGCUAUGGAUUCCAACCUUGGCCAGCUCUUACUGGCCAGCAGAUUUUGGAGGCCAUUGAUGAACCUAAUUUUCAGCGCUUGGAACAACCUGAAUGUUGCCCGAAAGAAUACUACACUUUGAUGCUUAAAUGCUGGCAACAUGAUGCUAAUAAAAGGCCUAAAUUUUCAGAAAUUAAUACUAUGUUACCUGAGUACAAACCAGAACAGGUUCAAGCAAUACAAGAUUCGAUUGAAAUUGUGCAAGGACCUAAAAGCAAAAAAGACUGGCUUCCUUAUAAAACUGGAGAUGUCAUUACAGUUCUUGAUAAAAGACCUCUUCCUGAUACUUUAAAUGUUUGGAAAGGCAUUCUUAAUAAUGGCAAAACUGGCCUUUUCAAUCCAGCUCAUACAGUCGCAUAUGUCAGAAAUUUCCCUACUUCACGGCCAAGUUUUUCACGAGCAGACUCUCGAAGUGGCUUGUAUGCAAGUAGACGAAGAUUGAGAACUGAUAUGAUAUCCAGACCACAAGGUGAUUUCAAACAUACUGGUCAUGUUGGUUUGGAUGGUGCAUUUUUUGGUGAUGUUGCAUUUUUGGGAGACAAAUAUCAACAGCUACCAAGACAAAUAGUCACACCUUAUAAACCCCAGGAUGACAAAGAGAAUGUGAGUCCAACACUAACCACUCUUUCUUCUGAUUCAUCUGACAAAAUUCCAUUACUGAAGAAAUUCAGUACUUCUGAUGGUAGAAGUGGUUCAUCUUCAGAUAAUUGGUCUGAAGUGAUUAAUGAUCAAAUUGAUUCUCCAAUUAUACCAAAUUCUGCUGUUGAUGGAUCAUCUAAGCGGUCCAGUAAAGAUGAUGAAAAAUUAAUGAAUCUUCAAGACCAUGAGUAUCAUGAAAUUAGUGAUGAGGAAGACUUUGGAAAUUUUAUAGAAAAUUCAAAAUUUGAGUCCCUUGAUCUUGGACCUUCUUUGAUGGAUGAAGUGUUUAAGGCCCUGGGAUCUCCCACACCAGAAUUGAUUUCUGAAGAACAAAACUGUAAUGAGAAUAAUCUCAUCAUGAAUGAAAUAAAGGAAAUCUCUAAACUUGGUCGAGACAACUCGAAGAAAAAGCAUGCUAUAGUGAAACCAAUAUCUGCUGCUGAUGAGCAAACCCUGGAUUCUGCUAUUGCCAUAGCCAAAGAGCUAGCCAGCAAGAGUCUCUUAAAUCUUGAACACAAAUCUGACAAUGACACACCUUUGGAAAGCCCUAAAACUCCUACUUCUCCUUUCAAGAGAAAGUUUUCUUUCAAGUUUAAAACAAGUCCAAAACCUGAGAGGAGGAACUUCUCGGAGGAGGCUGAAGCCAUUCCUGACAUACAGGACAUAAUUACAGAGGAAGCAAAGGAAGCAUACAACUCGCUGGUUGAAAAGGGAAGUGCAUUGGAAAGGAGUGUUUCGCUUCCACCUGCUGUAGCUCCAAAGCCUAUCUUGGAAGUCAGCCAUCUGAGAUCCAGGCACCAAGCUGCUGCUCCAUCACAAGCCACAGAUUCAUCUGACGCUGAAUCUGAAACAAUAGACAGCAACCCUCUUCGAAUGCUGAGAAGUGGUGUGCCAGUCAGACCCAAAGUUCGAGGCAAUAAGCAUGGUAUACCGAACAGCACCAGAGCAUCAACUCCUCACACAGCUACAGUUGCACGCUUGGCUGCUAAUGCUGGUUCCAGUAGUCCACUUGUAAAUGGAACAAGAUCCAGCUUGGGUUCCCCGCCACCUCCACCCCAAGCGCCAAAGACUUUUCCCAGACCUAAUAUUGCGUCUCGCUAUGCCAAAGAAUUGAAUCAUCAAGUUGGUGUCAAAUCAGAUGAAAGCCCACUCGAUUCAAGACUCGAGGACCAAAGUGAUACUUCUAGCACCAAUACUACUGUGAGUUGCAGUGAAAGUUCUUGUGAUGCCUCUAAUCCUUUGCCCUUGCCACCCAGAGACAGAACAAAGCCCUUGCCUGUAUUGAAACACCAUCAACGUAAACAUCCACUUAUUCUUCCAGGCUCGUCCAUAUCUGUACUGGACACAGCACGAAACUUAACAAAGCAGAUAUCUUGCCCUGAUGUGCCAACAGAUCUACUGACCAUUCGACCAGAUACACCAGAACGGAGAGCUAGUGAGGGUGCACCUCCUCAAGGCUGCAUCUCCAUAGCUGAAUCUGCAUCUUCAAAUAGUUCUAGUCUUACUAAUUGUACUUUAUCAACCAAUGCAAACAGUUCUGUACCUCCUCCUAAACCUGCCAGGACAUAUACAUUGGACGAUUCCUUUGAGAAUGAAAUUCAAGCAGAGCUCGACAAUCUGGACAACAUGCCUGAAAAGACAUCUCAGCUUUUGUAUAAAGGUGGGGAUCAUGUCAGUUGUGAAGAUCUUCUAGAAUUUGCUCUUGAUAAACCAGGCGCCAGGAGAACACAAGGCCGUUCCAGAGGCAUUGAUUCUGAUGAAGUUCGAAUAAUGUUAAAAGUUUUGUCUAGGCAACAAAUGGUUACUCGUGAGGAAUGCUUGUCUGCUCUGAAUGAAACAGAUUGGGAUGUCCACACAGCUAUCAAAUAUCUCCAAUUGCAGUGCAUUCUUAAUUCUCAUAUGAUUCCUACUCACAAUGUCAAACAGACACUAGCCAAAUGUAACUGGGACGUGAGACAGGCAGCCAACUACUUGCUGGCCACACACAAUGUCAAUGAAGACACUACAGAAGUUUGAUGAUUGCCUUCUUCUGUGUGUACUGUAUGCAAAUUCAUUGAUAAAACAUGCUUUUAACUAUAUGCUAUUGCAGUCAAUAAGUCUCUUAGUUGCAAAUGAUUCAUGAAGACUUGUUGAAACCAAAUUAUUCAGAAAGUAUAAUCAGUUUUGUAUUAUCAAGAUAUAUAUGAGAAAUUAUUUCAGCUUGUAUUUAGUAAUAAGAAUAUUAAGACACUGUCCUCUAAUCUUAGCAGAUGCAGCCUUCAUUUUAUCAUGAGUAAAUUUUAAUUCAAAAUAAUCCGUUUUAAAUGGAAUAUUAUAAAACUUGCCUUCAGAUUUGCAUAUUUUUCUAUAAUACAAUUUAUAUCAAUAAUUUCUUUCUAAUAAAUAAUUUUCUAAUCAAUGACUUUCAUUGGCAUAAAAAAAAUUCAUGGUAUGUAGAAUACAUUUACUAUAAUACUAUUUUUCAAUGUAAAAUUGUGUAUAAAAAGGAUUAUUCAAUAAUGGGGAAUCAAAAUUGAACAUUUGAAAUAAUUCUUGUAUAAAGUGUCAGAUAGAUGCAAUAUUUCUUGCCAUACUGCUGAGGAGAAAUAUAAUAGUGAUUUCCCUUUCUGAGAAGAAAUUGGGAAAAUAUAUCUAAAGGUACCAUUAUUUCUCAUCAAGGAUUUUAUUUAGUAAAUUAAUAUAUUUGCAAAUCAUUCAUAAAAAUUUGUAUUUCACAGAAAUUAUUUUAUAAAGAUGGAUAAUAUAAUUUAUAAGAAUUGUGCUUACAUUUGUAUUUGAUGUUUGUAUGAUAUUUAUAUUGACAGUAUAUAUAUUUGUGGAAGAAAGUGUUUUUGCUCGUAUAAAUUAUUUUAUUAGUAUUAAAGUACACAAAAGUGCAUCUGUUAUUUGUCACAGUCCGGUUGCAAACUUGUGCUGUUUUAUAAACUAGAACAUUUAAUAUAAUAUUUUAAUAUGUCAUUUAUAUGCUGUAAUAUAUUUUGUGUGAAAAAAAAGUGUCCUCCUAGCAUAUUUCUAUCAUACUUUAAAAGCAUUUAAUGAGAUUUUACAUUUAUAUAUAUUAUAAAAAUAGAAAGGCAUAUUCUACAUGUAAGACUUUAUCUGAUAAGCUAUGCCAUCAUUGGUAUAAGAAGAGUAUUUGUUCAUUCUAUUCAUGAAUACCAUGCUAAAAUUACAUACUGUGGCAAUUUUAAUAAAAUAUUUUCAUUUUGAUACUCUUCUUAAAUCCAAAUGGAAUCUAAGAUAAACAGCUUUACAUCAAGUAAAUUUAUGCCACUAGUACAAUAAUAUAGAUCUGAUUUUUUCUC